GUAUUUCGUCGAACGGUUGCCGAGCGUGACUCUCUGUCUCUCACUGUUCCAUCGUCAAAUGUCCACAACCGGCAGGAACCAACACCUCCUUCGCUUGGUGCUGUCGUGCCGGAAGAUCACCGCCCAGGUCACCGACCCCGCCACCUCCUCCAUCGUCGCCAUGGCCUCCUCCUCCGAGCAGGAGUUCCUCGCCCGGAACCGCGCCAAUCUCGCCCGAUUCCCGCGGACCCGCCACGGCGUCUGGGACGCCAGGGUCGCCUCCCGCGUCGGCGGGAAGCUGGGAUUCCGGCUGAUCGAGAUCGGGGUCGGCAACGUCGAGAUCGACCUCGACGAGGAGCUCGCGCGGCCGAUCCGGCACCGCCAGAUGGUGCUGCCGCUGUUUGAUUCGGUGCGCCGCGCCGGGGUCGCCGUCGGCGGAGCCGACAAAUUGGGAGGGAUAGGGUUCGUGAGCCGUCAAUCAGGCGUCGCGUGAGCAUAGAAACGGUUGCCGAUCAUCGAUUCGUUGAAGAGACGAUGGCUUCGAUUGGAAGCUGUUGGCCUGCUUGUUGCAGGUGAGUUGUAACUGUAACCAGUGAACAAAUUUUGAUAUGUGUUGGCGGAAUUGACCAUAACUUGUUAUUACUUCAUGGUGGAAGAGUAAUGAAGAUGAUAGAUUCUGAAA